UGAUGUCAUAUUAUAAAGAUGCUCUUUCGAAUCAGUCUCCUUUUUCUUCUCACUAAUAUUCGUUUUCAUUACCGAGUCGGUCACCGUUUAUCUUAAAGGAACUGUUUUUGGUACUCCAUAAAACUUAUUGAGGUUCUCCCUCUGAAAAUAUGAGUGAGAAAUUGUGCUUAUAAAAGUGUACGAUACCUCUUGGAGUCCGAAUAACGGCUCCCUAUUCUAAAUGAAAAAAGAAAAAAAAAUCUCACCCGGAGAAGAAGAGAGAAAAAAAGUUCACUUGGUCUGGGCCAGUCCACAGCCCAGUUUGGGGUUGGAUGCGGCUUAAUUUUAUAUGAGCAAAGUGGUAUUUUCGAAAGGAGAUCAUCUCGGCGCUGAUAAAGGGCGCAAUUAACGGUCAUUUUCCGGCAAAGGGGGCACAAAGCCUCAAAUGGGAGCCAGCGACUUGACCGUUGCUGUGACAAGGUUGAAGAGAGAAGAUUGCAAGCGCACCAAACACGACUCUCACUUCUCCAAUUGGAAGAUUCUGGUUGGUCCUUCGGAUUGGGAAGACUAUUCACUGGGAAUAGAAGGGGCUGAAAGAUACAGGGUUCAUAACCUCCCAGAAAAGGAGAGUCCAGGUGUCUAUGAACUUGGCAUUGCAUUCUUGCGUACUGGUUUAGGCCGUGAGAUUGGCAAGCUUGACCCAGACUAUAUAGUCCCAGUGUACCUUGGACAAGCUGAUAAUGUGAGGACACGACUUCAGCAAUAUGGUCGUUCAGGUGCUCAUUUGGGCAAUGGCUGCCCAACUGGUCAUCCUAGUGACCGUGUCCAAAAGGGGCCGGGAUUGUUUGCUGAGAUACUGUCAAGAGACUACCCCGUUGUGUACAGAUGGGCUCCUAUGGAAAACAAAAGUGUUGCGCUGAAAACAGAAACUCAGCUGCUUAACACAUUUGAUUAUGCAUGGAACACAAACAUUAAUGGGGCAAGACGCCCCGAUGAUGUCCUUAAAAAACUUAAGAUGGUAUCUUCAAGCCCUACACGAUUUGUUAAUAUUGCCCAGAAGCUUGUGCCUUUCAGUCCGAAGAAAGUGGGUACUAGGAUUGAAUCAAGCAUAUUGCUUUCACCAGAGGAUAAGUUCAGUGCUUAUGCUAAUAGGGAGAGCCACAAUCCCCUUUCUCGAGUUUUCAAGCUUGGCAGAUCACAGCCUAGGUUAGUUUUGGAUAGAAUUGGCAUUACUCAGGAGAAUACUAUAAUUUGUGGGGUGGAUGUAGGUGAUGGCUCCAUUUGCAGAAUGCCACCAGUUCCAGGAAGAAAGAGGUGUGCUAAACACAAAGGGAUGAGGAUUAAUAUGUCAACUAGAGUUGGGAUAUCAAAUAGCACCGUUGACUCAGAAUCAGAAUGCAGUGCUAUUAGCAGCAUAGAGUUUCAUGGUGCUCAAAUUAUUAACAGUGAUCCAGUAGAGAGCUUCACUUCCAUUUGUGGAUUCAUCUUGGCUGAUGGCUCCGUUUGCAGAACGCCACCAGUUCCAGGAAGAAAGAGGUGUGCUAAACACAAAGGGAUGAGGAUUAAUAGGUCAACUAGAGUUGGGAUAUCAAAUAGCACCGUUGACUCAGAAUCAGAAUGCAGUGCUAUUAGCAGCGGAGUGUUUCAUGAUGCUCAAAUUAUUAACCGUUAUCCAGUAGAGAGCUUCACUUCCAUUUGUGGAUUCAUCUUGGCUGAUGGCUCUUCUUGCAGAAGGCAUCCAAUUCAAGGGAGGAAAAGAUGUGAUGAACAUAAAGGGAAAAGAAUCUAGAACCCCAACUCUAAGUAGGCAAACGAAGCUAAACUAAAAUAUGUGCAUGAUGUGGCUUUUGAACCCUGUAAUUUUGGGACUUCAAACUAUGAGCAGAAUUCAUCUGCAUUAUGUAAAUUUGGAGAAGUGCAAGCUCAAGUUUUGACAGUCCAAUAAAAGCUAUGAUACUACGUGUGGGGUGGUGGUGGAUGUAGGCGAUGGAUAUUUUUGCACAAGGCAGCCUAUUGUAGGAAGUGGAAGAAGGUGCUGCGACAGCAAAAACAAAAUUAUGUGUCCUUACAGAAAGGAUCUCUAUGUGAAACUACUCAUGAAAGGAGCUGGGGAGCAACAUAACACAAGGGAAGUAGAGUAAUUCCACUUGGGGUUUUCUUUUCUCUCUGAAAAUAGAUUGUAGAAAUUGGUGAUCCAGACUUCAAUUUGUCGUUGAUUGUUAUGCCUAUCAGAUAAUGUUGUAGCUUUCUGUAUCAAAUUAUUACAUACCCUUUAAAAUAAUGUUGUAUUGGCCUAAGAAGAAGUUGGGUAUGAAUUUGGUUUGACUUUUUGUUUUAUUUGAUAUCCUUUUGUGUAAUUUCAUCCCAUAUUUUAUGUUUU